CGUGUUGCUGGGCAGCUCGGGGUGCAGAGCGUGGCCAGAACUGGGGUCAGGCUCUGGCUCCGUGUCCCUGCCAGCCACCCAUUGCCAUCUGGGACCCACUCUGGGCUCGUGUCCCUUUGGGGACAUUCAUUGUAGCCGCUGUACCUGAGCAGCAUCUGCAGCCCAGGAGCGCCGAUGGCACAAAGGGAGCUCAGCCAGCUCCAGGGGAACAGGGAAGGGAGCACUGAGACAUUCCCUGUGCCUGGCAGCUCUCCCUGCUGGGCCACCAGUGGGCUGUGCUGGCCCUGGGCAGCUGGAGCUGCACAGUGACAGCUGAGUGACUGGGGAGCUGCUGAAUGCUCCAGAGCAAUUGAAAAUAAUCAGAGCAGAGCACAAAUCACUGGAACCUGCUCGUUCUCCCUGGUGUUCAGGGGCAGAGCAGCACCCAGCACAAAGGGGCCUGUUUUCCAUCAUGGCAAGCUCAGCCUGUCCCAUGGGACGAGGCUGAAUUGAGCCUGGAUCGGCAGGAGGCAGGGGAAAGGCAGCUUUAAGGCAGGGACACUGUGUCUGGAGGGAGCUGCCCGUGACAAACAGGGCAUUUGGUGAUGCCAGCCCACUGUGGCAGCUUGCCAGGGGCUCUCAGUGGGCCCUGAGAGGCUUUUUUAGCUGUUACUUCCUCCCAGCCCCUCUCCAGCAGCAGAAUCCUUUCCUUGGUGCAUUUCUGGAGAAGGCCCUUUACCAGGUGUCCUCCCACAUGAGUCCCUGAGGUUCCUGCUGGCAGCUCCAGCAGUGCCUGCAGAAGUGCCCUCCUGCUCCUGGGCUCAGCAGCCGAGGCCCCUCCAAACCUGCUUCUGCAAUGGGUGGGUUGUAAGCACUGGUAAGACCCACGAGUCGUGUCGCCUUGGCUGCCCUCUGCCUCUCUCGCGUUCUCUCUCUCUGUCCUUGCUCCUUCCUGCCCAUUUAUUUCUGUUCUCCAUGUGCUCUGCUGUUCUGUCUCUGGGGUUUUCACUGUCAGGUAAUGAGGAGCUGUGGGCCCAGUCAGUCUUGGAGAUGCCGAAGAGACGAGACAUCCUGGCUAUCGUGCUGAUAGUUCUGCCCUGGACACUGCUAAUCACCGUCUGGCACCAGAGCACCAUUGCUCCACUGCUUGCAGUGCACAAGGAUGAUGGUGGUGACUCCCAGCGUGAUCUCGCUGCAGGCUUGGACUCCAAGGAAUACUGCCUGUCGGACCGGGACAUUGUGGAGGUGGUGAGGACAGAGUACGUUUACACGCGCCCACCCCCGUGGUCAGACACGCUGCCCACCAUCCACGUGGUCACCCCCACCUACAGCCGGCCGGUGCAGAAGGCAGAGCUGACCCGGCUGGCCAACACGCUCCUGCACGUGCCCAACCUGCACUGGAUCCUGGUGGAGGAUUCGCAGCGCCGCACGCCGCUCAUCACCCGCCUGCUGCGGGACACGGGGCUCAACUACACCCACCUCAACGUGGAGACGCCCCGCAACUACAAACUGCGCGGGGACAUGCGGGACCCCCGCAUCCCCCGCGGCACCAUGCAGAGGAACCUGGCCCUCAGGUGGCUGAGAGAGACCUUUAACAAAAACAACAGCCAGCCCGGGAUUGUUUACUUUGCUGAUGAUGAUAACACCUACAGCCUGGAGCUCUUCGAGGAGAUGCGCAGCACCAGGAAGGUGUCGGUGUGGCCCGUGGCCUUCGUGGGCGGCCUGCGCUACGAGUCGCCCAAGGUGAACGCGGCGGGGAAGGUGUACGGCUGGAAAACCGUGUUCGACCCGCACCGCCCCUUCGCCAUCGACAUGGCCGGCUUCGCCGUCAACCUCAGGCUCAUCCUGCAGCGCUCUCAGGCCUACUUCAAACUGCGCGGAGUCAAGGGCGGCUACCAGGAGAGCAGCCUGCUCCGCGAGCUGGUCACCCUCAACGACCUCGAGCCCAAGGCCGCCAAUUGCACUAAGAUUUUAGUCUGGCACACAAGGACAGAGAAGCCUGUGCUGGUGAACGAGGGCAAGAAAGGAUUCACAGAUCCCAACGUGGAAAUCUGACUGUGCAUGGCUGAGCAGAGACCAACAGCAGAAGAUUUCUUCAUGCACAGCCUGCAAGGUUCCUCUCCACAGCAUCCACCCAGCCAGCCAGGCGGGAGCCAGGACCUCUGCUGACUCCCACGAGUUUUAGCCUUCUGAAAAGCCAAGCACCACUGCAUCCAUCAAUCCCCGGAUCCCCUGCCCUUCCUCCUGGACUCGGAGCACAGGCAGACGCUCCGGAGGUGGAGAAUAAAGCACAGAAAGCCAGGACUGGCAGCUCCCGGCGCCGAGGCUCGUCUGGCACGUGGCUGCACCGAGCAGGGGCUGCGUGCCAGCACCUGGGUGAGGGUGAGAGCCACGGCAGUGGCCCCGGGGACUGGUUUUGCUGAGAAACACGAACUUUGUGGCCAUGUGUGAGACAGCCUUGAGCAGCUCUCUGGCCGUGGAGGGGACAGCUGCCUAGGAGAUGGCACCUUAGCCCUUAAUUUUAAACCUCCUUUAGUCAGUGUUUGUUACGCUGCACAAGACAGGAAGGGCUUGGGGGACGGGGGAAAGCGAGGCGGGUUAGAACAAACCCUUUAAGCAUCACUGUUCUCUGAUUUCCCUCUCCUUUUCCUUCCUCAGUUUCACAGUCUGGGGGCACCCUGACGUUCCUCUGUGGUCAUGGAAUCAUGGAAGGGUUGGGGGUGGGAGGGACUUUAAAGGUCCUCUGGUCCAACCCCUGCCAUGGGCAGGGACACCUUCAGCUGGACCAGGUUGCUCCUGGCCUUGAAUAUUCCCAGGGAUGGGGCAUCCCCAACCUCUCUGGGCAACCUGUGCCAGUGUGACACCACCCUCAUUGUAAAAAAUGUCCUUUUAAUCUAUCCCCUUUGAGUUUAAAACCAUCAACCCUUGUCCCAUCCCUGCUAAAAGGUUUGUCCCCAUCUUAGAAGACCUCAGAGUGGGGUGGAGGGACAGGAUCAGGGAGCUGCUGACCACCACCACUGAUCCUGGUUGGACUCGUGUCUCCACCAUAUGGAUCUCUAAAAAUGCUAAAAUAAUGGGAAGUGGGGUUUAAUGAGAUUGUUGGGGCCAUACACCAUAAUAUUCAUCCAGAUCUUGAUCCUGUUUGGCCCUAAUUUGGUUCCUGUGAGCAUUAGGUGUGGGAUUCUCUGAAGGGUGCUCCUAUUUAAAGGUAAAUUUCCACUCUUAAAAAUUAAAACUGCUUCAAAGCAGGCAUUGGAUGCUAAGAGGCAAUUUUAAUGCAUUUCCCAUUUGACUGGAGUGUAUCCUCCAGCCCCAGCCCCUUUUUCUGCUACUGCAGAGCUGGUGUGAAAAGCCACCCUGGAGCAGCUCUCAGUCCCCUGUGAGGGAGAGAGCAGCACCCUUGGGAAGGGGAUCCUGGGCUCAGGGCUCUGUUUUGUCACCACCUGGUGGUGCUGCCACCAUGGGUGACUCUCUUUGAGACUGCCAAACUUGCUGAGAUAAAAACUGAGGUACAACAGGCUCCUUCUCCCCAGCCAAAACCCCUAAAUUCCCUCCCCCUUCAUAACUGUUGUCAAACCUUUGUCACCACCACCCCCCCAGCGCUGUCCCAAUUCCUUCAAAAAUUUUGAAGCACAAUUUUACCUUUGAACUGAGGGAAAAAAGUAAUCCUGCAAUAGACUUGGUUAUUUUUAGCCCUAACACAUAGAACUAUUAAAACACUCUGGGUUUGAUUGUUGGCUCACGGUGCAGAAGUCUCCCCUUGGACUAAUGACAUUGUGUAUUUCCUGAUAUUUCAAAGGAAAAUAUUUUUUGUAAGUUAUUUUCUCCCAGUGUAUAUCAGAACCGUUGGGGAAAAGUCUCAUUCUUUAGUUCCCAGCCACAGAAGCCUUUACAAAAAUGUUCCUUUUAGAUGCAAUGGCUGAAGCACCACUUGGCAAGAAAGUGUUGGAUGCUGCUGGCUGCUCUAUGGGAACAGGUAUUGUUACCUUGGAUUAAAACUGCACUCAAGUAGAUUUAUUCUGUUAUUGUACUGGCCUUCCAAGUUCCCUUCAGUCUGCAAACCCUACAGUGGAAAAGAGACAUUUUUCAAGGACUACCAAGUUUUCAUAGCACUGAAAUAGUUUCCAACUGAUGUCCUCUCCGAGCUGCAUGUUUUGGUUCACUGAUCGGAAUUCCAGUCCCUGCUGGGUUCCAACCUCCCCUCCUCGGAAGGAAAUAACUUCCAGAAAAAUGCAAAGGAUGGAGUCCUGAACACAGCCCUGCACAUUUGCUCUGCCCACAGGAGCUUGGGCCCUUCCAGCUGUCCCAGAGCUGCUGUGGCCCUGGGGAGCAGAGAUAGAUGUGACCAGACCUGGCCAGGAUGGAGUGUGUUCCAGCUGCACUGUCUGUUCUCAGUUUUAAACAAACUGUAUUUAAAUUUGUUAAAUAAAAUGAUGGUUUCUAAGAGCCAGAAUA